ACACUUUGUGCACCCACCAAGCUAUUCUCUGAUCAUUCCCUCUCUCUAAAGAGCCCCACUUCACAAUAUGGCUUUUUCUCUUAGUGGCUCUUCUUCAGUAGUUCUUUUGGUUUCGCUUAUGUUUGUUUGUCCCUGCUUCUGCUUUAAGUCCAAAAGCUUCAAUUUCUCCACGUCCGAAGCCGCAUUGAACUGGAACACCGCAAGCGCGACCUGGUACGGUAGCCCCACCGGUGCCGGCCCAGACGAUAAUGGUGGUGGAUGUGGGUACAAAAAUGUAAAUCUCCCUCCUUUCUCGUCCAUGACUUCAUGCGGAAACCCUGCUCUGUUCAAAUCCGGCGAGGGAUGUGGCUCGUGUUAUAAGGUGAAGUGCAACAGCCACCCGGCGUGCUCCGGAAAACCGUCGACCCUGAUCAUCACCGACGCAUGCCUCGGCGGCGUCUGCCUCGACAAGACCUACCACUUCGACAUGAGCGGGACCUUGUUUGGGUCGAUGGCGUACCCCGGCAAGGAGGACGUGCUUCGCCACGCCGGAAUUCUCCCAGUCCAGUUUGCUAGAGUGCCGUGUGAAUACCCGGGCCGGAACAUCGCCUUCCACGUCGAGGAGGGCUCGAACCCGAACUACCUCGCGAUCCUGGUCGAGUACGAGGACGGCGACGGUGAUCUCCGGUCGGUCGACAUCAUGGAAUCCUCGUCGUCAGCGCAAUCCACGUACUCCAACGCAUGGACUCCGAUGAGGGAGUCGUGGGGCGCGAUCUGGCGGUUGGACACGAGCCGCCCGUUGCGGGGCCCGUUCUCGAUCCGGCUCACCACCGACACCUCCGACCGCACCCUUGUGGCGCGCAACGUGAUUCCGGCCAAUUGGCAACCGAACCAGGUCUACAGGUCCAUCGUGAACUACAGUACUUAAAAAGCGAGUGUGAUCAAAUAUUAUUGUACCACCUAAGAAGCACUAUUUUAAGUUAUUUCGUAUUGGAGAUCCAUAUAUAAGGGGCUACGUUUGAAGUAAGGGUCUAAAUUUAUGUGUGAUCCUUAGUAAUUAGUACUAGCUUGGUGUGGUGGAACCGUGGAAGUGUAAUAUGGUGUUUUAUUUUAAUAUAAUUAUUGUGAAAUGCGACGGUGGAUGUAGAGGAGGAUGCUCUCCCCUCCACUGGUCGUUAUCAUAA